AUGGCCGACCACGUACCCCCAUCGUCGAGCGCUCAGGGCAUCUUCUCCCGCCGCCCCUCGUUUUUUGGUGGAAAGAACAAGGGACACAAGCAAGCACUGUCAACUCUAUCCCCGCCCAGCCCCGAGCUAGACACCCCCCCGACCGACCCGGACCAAUACCAAUGCCCCCCUAGAGUGCCUACGACGCCACAGCGACGCAGACAGGCCAGCAGCAGCAGGCACAGCAUCGCAUCGUCGGUGACAGAUCUCGGCUCUUCACUGCGGCGCUCACGGUCCGCCUCGCUUCGAACCAACACGUCCGACGGCACGGCCAAGACAUCGUCCUCGCAUAAGAGGCUCCCCUCGGCCACCCUGGCGCUCACCUACUCCCCCGAGAAGGCUCCGAUCAACAACACCACGUCCAAUGCCUCGCGGCCCGUCCUCUCCAUCUCCACCUUCUCGCGCAACAAGCAAAAAAGUAGCGACAACGUAAAGACGGACCCCGUCUACCACGACAAGAGCCCGCUGAGUGCUGUCGACAAGCCCAAGACGCCCUUUGCCAACAUGGCCGUCCCCAUGCCACUACGACAUCCCCCCUCGCAAAAGGAGAUUCUCCAGGCAAACCAGCAGUCGAACCGCACCCUGGCGCCCGCAGCCCCCAUCCCCGUGCCCAGCGGCUCAAACCCAAACAUCAUCUUCCAGCACAUCCACGAGCUCGCCUCGAAACGGAUAUCCACCUUGGACUACCUGCGGAAAGCCCACGAAGGCAGAAUCUACUGGUUCAACACGCUCCUCUUCUCCAAAACAGACCUCACGCGCCUCCCCUCCUUCACCACGCGCAACCAAGCCCGCCGCGCAACCCAAUACCUGCUCCUCGGCUUCUCCCUCCCCACCAUCCUCGACCUAAACGCAAACUCGCCCUCCGACUACCUCAAAGCCCUCAACGCCCUGCUCAUAGAAUUCGAACAGUACCAAUCCAUACAUCCGGCCGACGGCUCCACUCCGUCUACCUUGUCCCGCGCCCGCCUCCCGCAAAUGUUCAAGCGCGCAAAUAUGGGCAUGAGCAUGACCAUGGGGUCAAAGGGGAGGAGAUCGAGCUCUGCGAAUGGCGAUUUUCCCAUGCUCACGCCGAGCAAUAGCUUCUCGGGCAGCGAAACGAGUGGUGCAGGUGGUGUUGGCGGCUUGAGCGGCAGCGGCAGCGGCAGCAACGUCGAUUCCUUUUCCUCCCCGCCCACAACAGACCACGACUCGCUCCUGCCCAACGAAUCUUACACGCACUUGCAAACCCCUUCCCUACCGUUUGACCCAGACUUCUUCAGCACGUUUGCCACGCUGUGCGAUGUCUUGAUUGAUUGCUACACAAGGAUCCUGAGCAUGCUGAGUACGCCCGAGAGUGUGGCUAGUGCCGGUGGGGGACAGCCUAGUCUUGUGGGCGAUCUUUUCAAUAAAGCGGAUGCGAGGGUGCGCAAGAUUAUCUUGGCGGGCGUGGUGAGGGAGUUUGAGGAUAGUUGUAGAGCGGGGUUGAAGAGUGAGGUUGGUGGCGUGGGCAAGGUGGUGCUUGGGGGGUUGAUGUAA